UAAAAUAUAUGUUACAUGAAAGAAACUGAUGAUAAAGAUUCUAGUAAGAUUCCAAUAAAUCUACAAACUGAUAUUUACCAAACAAAGGAUGGUGAAAAACCAGAUAGUAUAAUUGCUCGUCGGGGUUACAGACUAAAGGAUAAAAUUGGAGCUGGAGCUUUUGCCACAGUUUUCAAAACAAUUAGACUUACAGACGACUUUGUUGUCGCUUGUAAAGUAAUUGAAGUUAAACGUAAACGUAAAGAAAGGUUAACUGAUCUUAAAAAUGAAUUAUUUGUAUUGGAAAAAGUUGAACAUCCAAAUAUUGUUAAAUUAUUUGAGCAUUUUGUGAUAGAUGAUAAAGUUUAUAUUUUCAUGGAAUUUGCAGCAUCUGGAACAUUAUCAGAGUAUGUUAGGAAAAAAGGACCGGUAAAGGAGAAAAGAGCUCGUCGGUGGUUCCGUGAGAUUGCUUCUGCUAUGCAUCAUUUACAUCGCCUCAACAUAUCCCAUCGUGAUUUGAAAUUGGGUAAUAUACUCCUUGAUAAUGAAAAAAAGGCCAAGGUUACUGAUUUUGGAUUAAGUCGAAUAAGUUAUCGUCCAACUAAAGGUGUAUUGUACUGUACAUCAUGUUGUGGUACCGAACCUUACAUGGCUCCAGAGAUAUUGAAGAAGAGGUCAGACGGUACAAGACUCUAUGAUCCAAUGAUUGCUGAUAUAUGGGCUUUGGGCGUUUGUUUAUAUGCAAUGGUGAAUAAAGCUUAUCCUUUUAAUCCAGAAGAUAAAGAACUAAUGAUAUCAAAUCAGUUACAUCGAAAAUGGAAAUUUGUGAGAAGGCAAAAAAAUAAAUUGAGCAAUGAAGUGAAAGAUUUGGUUCGCCACAUGUUGGAGCCAAACCCAAGGAAACGAAUUACAAUGUUAGGCAUAAUGGGACAUCCAUGGUUAAAGCAUGAUGAACACGCUGAUGCUGUAGCAUUUGAUUCCAGUAAGCAGACUAGUCCAAAUACUGUUAGUACAAUCAGGUUGCCUGGUGAAUCGACCAAAUCUAGGAAAUGACAUUAAAAACAGUGAACUUUCUCAAGUGCGUUGAUUAGGACGGUAACCAAUUCUUUCUGCUGCUGUUAAAGUUGAACUUUUGGUCGUUGAAGGGUCAAUAGUAACACAAGAAGCAGCUUUACUUUUCUCAUCCAGAUCUUUUUCCCAUUUUUCAAAUUCAUUGACAUCAUCCAUUCUCAUUUCUAAUCGUGUAGGGUUACGUCUGAACAUUUUUGAAUUAUUUUUAAUUUAUACUAUUCAAAACUUAUAAAUAAUUCCAACUCCUUCACUUAGAUAUGAUGAAUUAAACAAAUGAAAAUUAAAUUUAAACAAA